CUAUCCUCUGAUUCUGUGUGCUUCCCCCAAAUCCAUUGUCUCCAACACCUGUCCGCGCUCUUCUCUUGUCUCUCUUUCUGCUUUAUCACAACGUUUCAUCUUCGUGCGUUGUGCGCUUGGAGUUAUCUUUUUGGUCUCUGUUUAAUUUGUUCGAGUUUCGCAUUUCUGGAAAUAUUCAGCUAGAUCAGUGCUGGUGAAUUUUGCUUGUUAACUAUGCGGAUCGAACCUUCGGGAUUGAAGCGUGUGGUCACAUGCGCACCUGCGUUCUUCCAGUUGCCGGAGGAUCUAAAGCUGUGUACCAGGAUCGGUGGGAAUCACGCGGUGCCGGCUGAGUUUUCGGUUGAUCUGUGCAGUACGUCGUCUUCUUCAACGUCUUCGAUCGGGAGAAAUAGCGAUCUGUCCUCAGAAAGGUCAACCGUGGAUGAGGAUUGCGGUGAAAAUGAGGCUCAGAGUGCGUAUAAUGGCCCUUUGGAUAUGAUGGAGUCACUAGAAGAGAUGUUGCCAAUCAGGAGAGGGAUCUCAAAGUUUUACGAUGGUAAAUCCAAGUCCUUCACGAGCCUGGCAGAAGCUUCGUUUUUACCAUCCGUCAGAGACAUUACUAAACCAGAUAGUGCCUACACUAGGAGGCGCAGAAACUUAAUGGCCUUCAAUCACGUUUGGGACAAGAAUCGAAAUUUCCCUUUAAGAAGCAAUAGCGGGGGCAUUUCUAAGAGAUCAAUUGGCUCGAGUCGAAGCACUCUGGCUCUUGCAGUCGCCAUGAACAACUGUGACAGCAGUAGUAGUACAAGCGAGGAUUCAAAUUCGAGGUCACCUCCACCACUUCUUCCACCGCUGCAUCCAAGAAGUAGGGUACCUACAUCCACCGGUGCCGGUGCAUCCCCUCCAAUUGUGCAGAGCUCUGCUUCUCGAUCAUUCUCCUUGGCUGAUCUGCAUCAUUGUGCCACGGCUGCGAAAUUGGAUAUGUCGAGUUCCUCCCGCAAUGAAACAGCUCUUGGUAAACUAAUCUGACGAAUGAACUGGUGUUUGAACUUCCCUGAAUAAAACUUACUUGAGUGCUAGUUGAUUCCACGAAAUGUUGUAGAGGAAACAUACAAAGAUCUUCGCUCCUAAUCUUCUAACCACUUGGACAUAGCAUGCACUAACCCCUUCCCUUUCAUCAUUAAUUUUGAAUUGUAAAAGUAAUAUGUUGAUACACUCUAGAAGUCAUUCACCCAUGACCAUUGCAAUUUGGUGUUAUUAUAGUGGUAAAGAGCGUUUACUUGGAGAA